GAAUCCGCUUUUAGAUUUUAGUAGAAAACCCUACUCCAACUCGAGCGGCCCAGUCAACAAAUAUACGUGCCUUAAGAAGAAAUCUUCCGUCGUCUCCCUCCGUGCGUGGAAAAUGAAGGCCGCCGGUAUUGCUCACCGCCAUCCCCACCAGCUUCUCGGCAGCGCUUUCGUCCCCAGAACCAGUCUCAAACAACCGCCUACGGCCACUUCCGUGCGAAUGUCCCUCCGAGAGGACGCCCCCUCCCUCGCCGUCGUCGGUGUCACCGGGGCCGUCGGCCAGGAGUUCCUCUCCGUCCUCUCCGACCGCCAAUUCCCCUACAGCUCCAUCCGAAUGCUUGCCUCCAAGCGCUCCGCCGGCAAGCACCUGACCUUCGAGGACAAAGACUACGUCGUCGAAGAACUGACUCUCGACAGCUUCCACGGCGUCGAUAUUGCUCUCUUCAGUGCCGGAGGCUCCAUCAGCAAGCAGUUCGGACCGAUCGCCGUUGAUUCUGGAUCGAUUGUUGUCGAUAAUAGCUCCGCAUUUCGGAUGGACGAGAAUGUGCCGCUUGUUAUUCCAGAGGUUAAUCCCGAGGCAAUGUCGCAUAUUAAGCUUCGGUCGGGGAAGGGCGCUCUUAUAGCUAACCCAAAUUGUUCGACUAUUAUAUGUUUGAUGGCUGCCACGCCUCUUCAUCGACAUGCCAAGGUAACACGAAUGGUUGUUAGCACAUAUCAGGCAGCAAGUGGUGCUGGUGCUGCUGCAAUGGAAGAGCUUGAACUGCAGACUCGUGAGGUCCUUGAAGGGAAACAACCAACUUGUAGAAUCUUUAAGCAACAGUAUGCCUUUAAUUUAUUCUCUCAUAAUGCACCUGUCCUCUCAAAUGGAUACAAUGAAGAGGAAAUGAAAUUGGUGAAAGAGACGAGGAAAAUUUGGAGUGACGGGAAUGUCAAAGUGACUGCCACAUGUAUACGAGUUCCUGUUAUGCGCGCACAUGCUGAAAGUGUGAAUCUUCAAUUUGAGAAACCCCUAGACGAGGACACGGCAAGGGAUAUUCUGAAGAAUGCUGCGGGUGUGGUGGUUAUUGAUGAUCGAACAUCUAAUUACUUCCCAACUCCAUUGGAGGUAUCAAACAAAGAUGAUGUUGCAGUAGGAAGGAUACGCAGCGAUGUGUCUCAAGAUGGAAAUCAUGGGUUGGAUAUCUUUGUUUGUGGCGAUCAAAUACGCAAGGGAGCUGCGCUUAAUGCUGUCCAGAUAGCUGAGAUGCUGCUGUAGUUCACAUUUGAUUCCACUAGGAUGUAUGAUUAGGUGAGAUGAAUAUUUUAGGGUUGAGGAAGCACUUGUACCUUGGAUGGAGAUCUUUCCUGUUGCGAAGUAACUUUGGGUUACCCCUAUUAACUUCCCCCCAUGGAGUUUCCAAAAUUUUUGAUAUAUUUAUUGGCAGUUAACUCCUUCCAUUUGAAGAAGUUUUUGUAUAAAAUAAUUUUGUAAUUUCAUAACUUUGUGCACAAACAUUAAAAAUGAGUGAGAAUAUGUAUCACGUGAUUUGAAUUAA